AUGCGUGCGUCAAGGUAUAUUUCAUCUUCUUCUUCGGCAAGAUUAGCCACAGGAAAUGCUAUUAAUAAUAGUAGUAAUACAUUUAUAGAUUCUAAUAAUAACCCAUUGAGAUCAAACUCUACAAUAACUUUUGAGAAAGUGAAAGUUAUCCCGAGACCAAGGACGCAAUCAGAACAAAGCAUAUUGAGUAGUUUGUCGUUGAAAUCGUUAUUAGAUAAUAAAAUUAGUGCGAAAAGUGCAAUGCAAAAUGGUAAUAAUAUCACCACUAAUAAUAAUAACAAUAAUAGUAGUUCGAGUACUUCUGCUACUACCAAUAUCCCCCAAGAAGCUCAGAUCGGGUUUCAAGAACCGUUUACCGAUGAUAAUAGAAUAGGGAUAGAUCAAAUGAAAGCUGGAAUGCCACCCAUAGUGGCUCAUAGUCCAUUAGAUUUACCAGGGAGUCUCUUGAAGGACGUCCCCGCCGAGAUAGGAUUAAUGAUCCCACCAACAAUAGAGAAUAAUAAUAAUAUUAGUAAUGAUGAUAAACAAAUGAUGGUAGGAAGUACUUCUACAGAAGCCACCACAGCUACUGGUAAGCAAGGUUCUAUAGCUGCCACUGAUGACGAUGAAGAGGAUAGAGAAGACAUAGAAGCUCAUAAUUUAACUACACAGGCAUUAAGAAAAUUGUCUAUGUUGAAAAUGGGAGAAAAUAAUUUAUUGAACCCUACUGAGAGUGAGAAAGAUAAUGUUGACGAAAGUUAUUCCAAUAAUUAUAACGACGAAGAUAAAAUACCCAAGGUUACAGAAGAUGCCUUUUCCACACAAGAAAAUAACAACAACAACAACAACAGUAGUAAUAAUAUUCCAAAUGGGUCGUUAUCGUUAUCGUCUCCUUACGAUAGACAAGGACCUGAUAACAAUGACAACAUCGAAGACGAUGAUGAAACUUUGAAACUUGGAAGAUCAGAAUCGAAUUUCACAGCCACCGUAGAUAUUAGUUCUGGAGUUGCUCCUACGGGGAAUAUGACAAGCGUGAACAUGAUACCGAAAACAAUUGUCAACACAUUAACACCAUCACCACCACCUCCAGCCCCACCACCAAGUAUACGGCGGGAUCCCUCUAUACAAGAAUCGGAACAAUCAAUGCUAUUUGUUAAAGAUACUCGUCCUGAGAUUGAGAACGAUAAUUUGAAUAAAAAAAUAAGAUCUACACAUAUCAACAGUAAAGUUAAUGCUAUGACAUUAAAGGGUAAUAGUAUCCAAAAUGCCUCUAGGCAAUAUACAAAUGGAUUGCCUACAAAUCAAAUCGGUUUUAAUAAUAAUAAUAACAGCAAUAGCACAAUUUCCAUGAUGAGACAACCGCAACAAUUACCAUUUGGUACUGGGAACAAGCCCAAUAUCUAUAAUACUGGUCCAUCAUCAUCGACGUCUUUAACUGCGACUAUGGGAGUAGGUGUCAAUGGAAAAUCUACCAAAUCUAUUAAACAAAUUAAUAAUCCUAAGAAACCGUUAUACAUGCCGGCUGUAUUACGUAAUGUCUCGGAGACUAAUUUGACUAAUGAUGAUUUUAGAGAUCCAGGAAGUAUGGACAGAAUCAAUGAAGAAGAUGCCAUGAUUGAAGAAGAAGAAGAUGAUGAUGAAAACGAUGACGGUGUCUCCGGUAUUAUUGGGAAUGACACCAUGAGUUCAAAUGGCAGUGCGCGGGAUUAUUUGUCGAUGUAUUCUGGAGGUGGUAAUAUCAACAGUCUUGAUCGUCAUUUAAUUAAAAAUACAGACAGUUCACAUCAUGGCAUCAAGUUGCAUCGUACACAUACAAAUACUCAGUCAAGUAUCCAUUCCACAGCAAGUUCAAUAUAUAGUGCGUACCGUCACCGGUUCCAAGAUCUAGUGAAUUAUUAUCAAAAGGACACAAACUCCAGUGCGGGGAGUCGUUCAAUGAACAAACAACCUACAAGGACACACUGGGUUCCCGAUUCUGAACGUGAUAGUUGUCAUGCAUGCCAUACAAAAUUUAGCAUGCUAGAGCGUAAACAUCAUUGUCGUCAUUGUGGGGAGCUUUUCUGUCAGAAGGAUCUACCUGAUAUGGUGUAUUUGAAUAGUGAUGCUCAAUUCUGUCAAUUAAGACAAUUUGGUGGAGGUGUCCUAGUCAAAGUUUGUCAUGGUUGUUAUAUUGCUAAUGAUGAAUAUAUGCAAGCUAUAAAAUUGAAAAAAUUGAAAAGAAUGGAGGAACAACAACUACAACUACGGAAGGAACAACAAAAUGGUAAUGCAGAUGAAUAUAUGCCAAUUCGUAGACGUAAUGGACAACGUAGCGUUGAAAAUAGACGUGAGAGUGUCGCCGGAAGUGUCCCAGUAGAUUGGAACUGGAGUAGUUUUUAG